CGGACGCGCGCGCGCAAACGCACGCCGACGGACCGGCCGGCCAUGCCGUCCAUGGCCGACGACGGCGAGCGGGUCGAGCUCCUCCACGGCGACCUCGACCUGACCAUCCACGAGGCGUGCGGCCUCCCCAACAUGGACGUCCUCUCCACCAUCCUCCGCCGGCUCUGCAUCCGGCCCCGCCGCCUCCCCAGCCGCAACGUCGACGCCGAUACCGACGCCGACAGCCCCCUCCGCCGCCGCCGCCGCCGCCGCCAAAAGCCUCGCGGCCGCCACAGCAUCGUCCCUACCUCCGACCCCUACGCCGUCGUCGCGGUGUCGGGGCCGGACGGCCCGGACACCACGCUCGCGCGCACCUACGUCGUCCGCAACUCCGAGGCCCCGGACUGGUCGGCGCGCAUACGCAUCCCCCUCGCGCACGAGGCCUCCCGCCUCGUCCUCCAGGUCAGGGACUCCGACCCCUUCGGCUCCGACCUCAUCGGCUUCGCCACCCUCCCGGCCGCAACCCUCCUCGACGGCAAGCCCAUCGUGGAUGCCUGGCUCCCGCUGCUCCGCCCCGACGGCCGCGGCCCGCCCAAACCCAACUCCGCCAUCCGCGUCUCCCUCACCUUCACCCCCGCAUCGUCGUCGCCCUCCCGGCGGCGCCACCGCUUCGGUGGCGUGCCGGCGUACUUCCCGGCGCGGCGUGGGUGCGAGCUGAAGCUGUACCAGGACGCGCACGUGGCGGUGGGGGCGCCGUGCUCGUACGAGCGCGGGCGGUGCUGGGAGGACGUGUGCAUGGCGGUGCUGGGGGCGCAGAAGCUGGUGUACGUGGCGGGGUGGGCGGUGGGCGCUAGGGUGAGGCUGCUGCGGGAGGAGAUGUCGCCGGAGAUGGCGGAGAAGGCGGCGGAGGUGAGGGCGCUGGCCGGCGUGGAGGUGGAGAAGAUGGCGCUGGGGGAUCUGCUCAAGUACAAGUCGCAGGAGGGCGUGCGCGUCUGCCUCCUCGUCUCCGACCACCAUGACACUCCCCUGCACCCCAGCUUCUUCUUAAACACGGGAGGAAUGAUGCAAACUAGUGGCGAAGAAACGAAGAAGUUUUUCAAACAGUCGUCUGUGAUUUGUGUACUCUCGCAUCGCUAUCCUAGAAGCAAAGUCGACAUGGCCAAGCAAAAGGCAAGCUAAGAUACCAUAUUUUCUCUUAUGUUUGUAAUACUUUUUCUAUUUGUGUGAUUUGUGAUUUAUUAUUAACUACUUGAUGGUUUCUUUGGACAUUGAUCAAAAUUUAGGUUAAAUGUGCAAAAUUGAAUCCUUUAAGUUCACAAGUCCCUAUAAUCUUAUCACACCAACUGCCUCAAAAAAUUUCAUACAUUUUUCAUCAUCCUCAUAUGAUCUUUGUGUCAUUUGCACUACCUUUAUUUUUAGGACAUUAAUUGUUCGUGAAGACUUGAUGUAUAUGUUGAUUCAAGCUAUAUGUUUGAAAAAAAUACAUUUAAAACAAGAUAAACUAAUUUGUAUACAUUGCGGUUUUAUAAUUAGAACAAAAAAACACAUGGUUUGCGUAUUACCGAAAAAAUGAACAAAUAUGAUGAAAGAUUCAGGGCCAAUUCUUUUCACCCAAUUAUGGAGAAUAUAGGUCUGGAGAAUCGAAAGCCCCAAAUAACUUGAUUUGAUUAUGUAGAAUCGUGAGAAUCAAACCACAAUUACCAGUGCAACUGAAAAAGCAUUGUUUUGGGUCGAUUCUGGCGAUCCUCAAAAGAAAACAUUUGGAUUUUAGGAGUCUACCCUGUUUCAGCUUGAAAUUAUAGUCAAAACGCCCUCCCACGGGCCAACUAGCCGCCGCUCGAGAGAACGCUUGGUCCGACCUCGCAUCCCUGUCUCCUUGCUUGAUCCCCUAGAACGUGAUUAGUCUCGCUAGGGUUCCAUGUCUUUUGCUCUGUCCAUCAUUUUACCAAUUUAACGACUAAAUUUUUUAUUACGUUUAACAAAAUCAAUUAAAUAAUAUUCCUGAUAAGUAUUAAUAUAAAAUUUCAUUAAUGAUCUAAUUUUGUUUCUUGUUAUAUCAAAUAUGUUUCCAUUAAAUUUAAGUAAUAUAUCACAACAAAAAGUUACUUCUCUUGUUUAUAUUUUAACACAUUUAGAUUGUCUUCACAUAUUAAUUUUUUUGCCCUUUGAUGAAUUAUAGUGGUUUUGCUAUGGUUCAUUUUGGCAUUUGAUAAUAUCUAACUUCGAAUAUCUUAGAUUGUUUAUUUGUUUGUCUUAGAAGUAAAUAAAUUUUAAAAUAUAUGUUGUUAACUACCUUCCGUUGAAAUAAAAAAAAUCAAAAGAGAGUAAAAGUGCGUCUAAAAUUAUUUUCGAUGGUGAGAAAGAGCCAUGGGUUCAUAGUUCCAAUAGUAGCAACUCUCAAGAGCUUUGAUGAUAUUAAAUAGAAAGAAAAUUAUAAAAUAAAACACCUUCUAUCUACCAAUACCAUGCACCACCUAGACUAUUUAGUAGACACCACCUAGAUUAUGAUGUAUCUUCCUCCUUCACCAAGAAAUCUCUAGUAGCAAUUUUCUCUCUCAAACUUUUGUGCAUGAUGGUGUAUAAGAAGAAUAUGCUAGAAUAUGACAACUAGUGGUGCAAAUAAUUGAAAUUGCAUGAAAAGACUCAAGUCCCUUAAACUAGAAGGAAUAUAUAUGCGUUUAACUUGUCAAUUGCAGCACAUGAGCCUAUACAACAUGUUAAAAUGGGAAAGCCAUCGAUGUGCAGGUUUUCCUUAGAGUAAAAUACGCUAGAGGUCCUAAAAGUAAUCAAGUGUAUCAAGUAGGUCCUAAAAGUUUCAAAUCGUUAACUAAAGGUCCUAAAUGUGUGUAAGUCGUUCACCGCAGGUCCUAAAAGUAUUGUAAGUGUGUCAACUAGGUCCUAAAAACCACGGGUAAAAUACGCAUAUAGGACCCGCGGUGAACGAUUUCAAACUUUUAGGACCUACUUGACACACUCGGAAUACUUUUAGAAUCUCUAGUGUAUUUUACUCUUUUCCAUAGGUGGUGUGCCCCUUUCGUGUAGUUUUUGAGUUUGAGAAAACAUCUAGAAAGAUAAACAUAUUUUUCUUCGGAAAGGGGAGUACCCCGGCCUCUGCAUCGAAGGAUGCACACAAUUAUUUUAUUAAACAUGAAUCAAGUUGAAGUCACCGAGUACCAGACAGUAAAAUAAAUAAAUAAAACUAAAACACGAUCACACAACCACCCGAAUCCGAGAUUACAUAGCUCAUCCACAUAAUCUACAUGUGGUUCCCCAACGAAAAUGGUUGAAUAAAACAUGCGAAACCAUUUCCAAUCGGCUGCACCCAGAGCCCAUAAGCGUGCACCACCUAGACUAUUCAGUAGACACCACCUAGAUUAUUAUGUAUCAUGCUCCUUCACCUAGAAAUAUCUAGUGGUCAUUUUUUCUCUCAAACUUUUGUGCACGAUGGAGUAUAAGCAGAAUAUGCUACAAUAUGACAAUUAGCAGACUAGUGGUGCAAAUAAUUGAAAUUGCAUGAAAAGACUGUGGUCCCUUAAACUAGAAGGAAUAUAUAUGUGUUUGACUUGUCAAUUGCAGCACAUGAGCUUAUACAACAUGUUGAAAUUACAUGAAAAGACUUCAGUCCAUUUCAACAUGUUGAAUAUGCUAGAAUAUGACAAUUAGCAGACUAGUGGUGCAAAUAACUGAGAUUGCAUGAAAAGACUUCAGUCCCUUAAACUAGAGGGAAUAUAUAUGCGUUUAACUUGUCAAUUGCAGCACAUGAGCCUAUACAACAUGCUUAAAUGGGAAAGCUCUCGAUGUGCAGUUUCUCCUUAAGUGGUGUGCCCCUUUCAUGUAGUUUUUGAGUUUGAGAAAACGUCCAGGAAGAUAAACAUAUUUUUCUUCAAAAAUGGGAGUACCCCGGUUUCUGCAUCCAAGGAUGCACACGAUUAUUUUAUUAAACAUGAAUUAAGUUCAAGUUACCGAGUACCAGAUAGUAAAAAUAAAAAAUAAAAAUAGAACACGACUGUACAACCGCACGAAUUUGAGAUGACAUAGCUCAUCCACAUAAUCUACAGGUGGUUUGCUAGUGAAACCGGUCGAAUUUCUAGACGGCUACACCCAGGGCCCGUCAAUGCCCAUGCGUCCACAUGUUGAGUGAUGAUCACAUACGGAUUGAAGUCGUAGCCAUGUAGAUAACCCGUUAGAAAUUAAGAGUAGUUGACCGGUUAAGAACACAAUCAUUCUUCCAUAUUACACAAAGAAUGACACAAGCUCCCACACAAAUUUGGCCCUUCAGCUUAUGAUGAAUACCCCCUAACCAGUUUUCAAACAAAUUUGGUAUACUUGCUGGCGGUGCUAAGUUGUAUGCAACAUGAAUGGUGCGCUAGAUCA